AUGUACGGCUCUUCUGUGUGGAAAAAGGCUUUCGCUAUACCGGCAUAUACGAAAGACAUACAAGCAGCAUACAGGCUAUGCGCCCUAAGGGUGUGCGUCGCAUAUCGGACGGUGUCGGAAAAUGCGGCCAUGGUCAUCGCUGGCAUGAUGCCAAUCGACCUGCGUGCUAAAGAAGGCCUAUACAGAGCCAAAUUUCACAGACUGUCGGCUGAUGCAGCUAGGCAGCGUGCAAAACAGCGAUUAGUGGAAGAGUGGCAGGAGCGCUGGAGCAGAGCGGGUAAGGGUAGGUGGACGCAGCGACUCAUACCAGAUUUACGGCCCUGGGUGAAUAGGCAACAUG